UUUCAGCGUGAUCGCGUGCCGACAGACGCGGAAUAUCGCCACUGAGUCGCGGAUGUGAAUGGUCCACGACGAUCGGGAACGAAGAAACUCGCGUCUGUCCACUGCCAGCAGAUGAAACCGGACUUGCAUUCAGUGAAUAACGAGUCUCCGCGUGGCUGUCCUCCCGGCUGCAACUGUACCAGGUCAUCGUCUGCGUUUUAACGUCUGUCUGGAACCAUUCGAACAAAGAAUCUUCAAUCCUGAGGAGAUGAAUCUAUGGCAACUGCUGGAGGAGGUCGAGAACAAGAAUUUCUUAAAUCGUUGGACAGUUAACUAUUUCCUGUGGAAAAAGGUCUUGCUGGUUUAUUUGGGGGAUUUUUGGCUUAUGACAUUAUUCUCAGGAAUGUGGGACUCGUAUUUGUGGGAAGAGGUCAGUGAUUCGGAUGAAGACGGUCCAUUGAAUUCUUUGUAAAUUUAAGGAAAGAAAAAUCGAAUGUUUUGGAAGAAUUUUUGUUUAAGGUAUGAUCGAAUCAUGAUAUAUUAUGAUAUGAUAUAUAAUAUAUUAACCAUGUGCUAAUGCUUUAAUCGUCCGACGCGAGGACAUUCUCCUUAAUGAAGGAUAAAGUUAAUGAAGAACUUGUAUGUAGACCUAAAAUAAUUAAUUAGAUGAAAAAUACAAACUAAGUUAACAGAGCAAAGUGACGUUUAAAAGGAUACUUACUACGACAUAUUUGAAAAUGAGUAUAGUAAACGGAAUGAAUGAUUCGAACGGGCACGUGGAGACACAUUUGGAGACCAAGCAUAAAUUAAACUGUAUAUAACAUGAAAAAUAAGUCCAAGACAAUACCAAGGAACUAUUGUUUAAUCAAUAACUGAUCGAUAAUUAUUAAGGGUAAUUAUCAACGGAUCAGGACCAACAACCCCAUACAUACUAUUGACGCCACCAUAUUUCACCUUCGCUUUUAGAUAUUUAACAUUAAAAAUCACUGUAUGUUUAUACACGGACUGUUAUCUCUUUCUGUUAUUUUUAAAUCCGAUCAGUGAAUCUCAGAAGACAGAUAACACAGAGUAAUUUCAAAGUGAUCAUUAUAUUUUUUAAUUUCUGCCAUUCGUACCAGAUGCCGAAAAGGAAAAAAGAUGGGAGAAGAAAGGUGUCAUGUAUCAGAUUAUUAUGUCGCUGUGCGCGAACUCCUCGGUUUUGGGUCCUUCCAUGGCUUUUGGCUACAGCGGAGUUGCAUUGACACCUUUGAUGUCACCUACCAGUGACGUGAAAAUCGACAAAGUUCAAGCCAAUUGGAUUGCGACAGCAACAGCACUGGGUAUUCCAUUUGGUUGCAUCGUUUCUGGUUACACUAUGAGACGCGGAAGAAAGUUGAGCUUGUUGAUAACGUCUAUCGUGUCCAUCGUUGGCUGGCUCGUCAUUUAUUUAGCUGGAACAUACGAACAAAUUCUUGUAGGCAGAAUCAUUUCCGGAAUCGCGACAGGUAUGGCGUCGGUACCAGCCACAGUUUAUAGCGCGGAGGUUUCUUCUCCAAAAUGGCGAUCAAUUAUGAUCACAUGGACCAGCGUAUUCAUUGCCAUCGGUGUUCUUAUCGUUUAUAUUUUCGGCUAUAUUUUCAAGGACGACUGGCGAAUGGUAGCUCUGAUGUGCGCUCUGUUUCCUCUGGUCUCGGCCGUACUGACCUUGGCCGUCGUCCUAGAAACCCCGAUCUGGUUACGAGACAGAGGUCGUCUAGACGAGGCGUUACAGGUGUUGAAAAAAUUCCGCGGCAUCCCAAAAGACGUGCCUCCUCCGCCACAGCUCUACGAAGAAUUAAAACCACGUCCUCAGCGAAAGAAACAAAAUUUCAUGAAACAUAUGCUCAAGAGGAACGCCAUGGUACCUUUUGCAAUCCUGCUCGGUUAUUUCUUUUUCCAGCAAUUCUCCGGACUUUUCAUCAUCGUCUACUACGCAGUGGAAAUUAUACAAAGCGCUGGAGUCACUAUAGAUCCCAAUUUGGGGGCAGUUUUGAUAGGAUUAACAAGAUUAGUAGGUACUUUACUAGUGUCGUGCAUGUCAGGAAAAUUAGGAAGGAGAAAACCUUCUAUCGUUUCUGGAUCUGCAAUGACCAUUUUCAUGGGAGCAUUGUCUGUGUACUUAUUAUUAAAGGAUAAAGGAUAUUCUAUAAACGAUGGUGGCCUGAUACCUGUGAUAUGUAUACUUAUGUACAUUUUUGGAAGCACUUUUGGCUUCUUGGUGAUCCCAUUCGCCAUGGUGGGCGAAGUGUAUCCAACGAAGGUUAAAGAAGCGUUGUCAGGAUUGACUACGUGUAUCAAUUACAUCUUCAGCUCCAUCACGGUGAAAACUUACCCGGACAUGGAGGCCGCUAUGGGCAGACAUGGAGUUUUCAUAUUUUUCACGGUGCUGUCGUUUUUGGGAACGUUAUUCGUGACGUUUUUCUUACCUGAGACUAAGGGAAAGACUUUGAGGGAGAUUGAAGAUAUGUUCUCGAGGAAGAAGGAAGUGGUUGACUCGUCGGAGGAAGAGAAGAUGGUGGAUGGUAGAUAUGAUAUAUGUUUCUGGAGGAAAGCAUAGUUACCUGACGGUUAUACGAAUUAUUUAGUAAAGAAAAGAAAUGAUGGACUUUUUGAAGGCGGAAAAAAUUGAUAUCGAGGGAUUUAUUUAUAAAUCUGAAUAUCAAUGCAACGGUGAAAAUACUCUUAACUUUGUCUAAAGCGUAACAAUCUUUUUCAUGUUUGCGGAAAGUUUGAGCGUAAAGAUUGGGAAUGUUAGAAAAGGUUGAUCGAGAUUUUUAUUCGUUAAAAAUAUCAAUCCUUGCAAAUCUAGCUUCCUUAUUGGGUUGAUAACUGUUAAUUAAUCCAUCAAAUCACGUUGCAACUGCCUGUCAUCCUGCCAUCUAUGUUUAUUUUCUGUUAAAGUAAUUUAAGAAUAUACUUAUUUUUGUACCUUUAAUAAAUGUUAAAUAUUAUAUGUAUUAUAUUAAAUAAUAAAUGCUAAAUAUUA